AUGACGAAAAGUUGUAGGUGGAUAUUGAUAUUGUUGUUGAACGCGUUCACAUCCGAUGUUUCAUGGGCCCUGGACAAUGGACUGGCUCUCACUCCCCCCAUGGGAUGGAUGUCAUGGCUGAGAUUCCUCUGUUCCUAUCGCUGUGAUCUCGAUCCGGAGAACUGCAUAAGCGAGCGCCUCUUCAUUCAGAUUGCAGACAGGAUGGCGGAAGAUGGAUAUUUGGAUGCAGGAUACAACUACUUAUCCAUUGAUGACUGCUGGAUGGAAAUGAGUCGAGACGCCAACAACAGACUGCAAGCUGAUGCAAAAAGAUUUCCGAGUGGGAUGAAGGCACUGGCUGAUUAUGUACACAGCAAAAGAUUGAAAUUAGGUUUGUACUUGGAUAUUGGGGUGAAGACGUGUGCGGGCUAUCCAGGCUCCCAUGGAUUCAUAGAUCUGGACGCGCAGACGAUGGCAGACUGGGGUGUGGACAUGAUCAAGUUCGAUGGAUGUCAUGCCAAUCUCACCGAUUACGCAAGAGAUUUCCCAGCAAUGGCCAGAGCGUUAAACAAGACGGGUCGUCCAAUAGUUUAUUCCUGCCAGUGGCCCAUGUAUGCCAAGUACUUCGGUGGCGAGGUGAACUAUACAGCCAUAGCGAAGACUUGCAACAUGUUCCGAGCGCUGACUGACAUCUACAUAAACUACCACAGCGUUGAAAGCAUGAUACUCUACUGGGGCUCCAAUCCUUACAACUUCUCAUCCGUGGUCGGACCAGGAUCCUGGAACGAUCCGGAUGUAUUGACAAUAGGCAACAGUGGCCUCUCCGAAAAGCAGGAAAAAGUUCAAAUGGCGAUGUGGGCGAUUAUGGUCUCCCCGAUGCUGAUGUCCAACGACUUGAGAAACGUUAAGAAAUCCUCCCGAGACAUCCUCCUCAACAAAAACGUCAUCGCCAUCAACCAGGAUCCCCUGGGAAUCCAGGGCACCAGAUACUUGCAGAGCGGAUCCAUCUCAGUGUGGCAGAAACCAGUCCUGCCACGCGGAAGCAUUGCUAUCGCCAUUAUGAGCACCGCUAACAACGGAAAUCCCAUAUUGACUGAGUAUUCCCUCUCCUCACUGCCCACCGUUCGACCAGAUCAGAUUUAUGAAAUUUUUGAAGUGUUUGAAAUGAAAUCUCUGGGAUUGUUUAUGCCAUAUCAAAUAAUUAAGGUGUACGUUGAGGCCACCGGUGUCGUUCUCUUGAAAGCCGUGCCCACCAACCCACAGAACACCGAUUUGUGA